AUGUGGGCCAAGGGGCUGUGGGCGCUGCUGGCCGCGCUGCGGGCGGGCUGGUGCCUGCUGCCGCAGGCCGGCUACCUGCACCCCGACGAAUUCUUCCAGUCGCCCGAGGUUAUGGCAGGAGAUAUUUUAAAUCUGCAAGUCUAUUAUCCUUGGGAAUUCCUUUCCACCUCUCCUUGCAGAACAGUUGUCUUCCCAUUAAUGACAUCUGGAGUUGCCUACUGGGUGAUCAAAUCUUUGCAGCAGCUGGACUUAUGUUCAAGUUGCAUCAACAGCUACACCCUUCUGGUAUCGCCUCGCCUUCUCUUUACAGUCUCUUCUUUCAUACUUGACUACAGUGCUUACCGCUUAGCGCCUUCCUGGGAAGCGGAUCCAUGGAAAGCGCUGCUGCUUCUUGCUGGAUCGUACGUCACUCUGGUGUUCUAUACAAGAACCUUUACCAACACACUUGAAGGACUUCUCUUUGCCAUUCUGAUGGUAUUGGUUUCCUCAAGGAAGUCCGAUGGCACCUUAGCGGCGCCUACAAGCGGCCCUCUUAUAGGUGUGAUAACGACCGCUGGGUUUUUCAACAGGCCAACCUUUCUGGCAUUUGCUCUAAUGCCCCUGCUUUACUGGGCAGGUUUAAUUGUUGCCUCUCAACAGAGCAUUAAAACUGUCAUAAACCACUUGUUGAAGCUUGUCCUAUGUGCAUGUUUUACUGCCGUUGUUUUUAUCACAGCCGACACCUUGUACUUUACUUCCAUGGGCUUAGACAAUCUCUCCAGCACUGGCAAGGGCAGCCUGUUUGAUGUGCUAGGUCAGUUAAGUGAGAAAACUAUAGUAACCCCUUUCAAUUUUAUCAGCUAUAAUCUUAAUCCUUAUAAUCUUGCUCUGCAUGGAAGUCACCCACGAGUCACGCAUUUUGCAGUCAAUGGAGUCAUGCUCUUUGGGAUCUUACAUAUUCUGGCCAUUGGUGCUGGUUUUAAAACAUUAAAGAAAUCUAUCCAGCAUUUACUAUGGGCCAGAUCACAUUGCCAGGGGUCAUCUGGGCUGUUGGUGCUUUCUGAGGGCAAUCCAACAUUACUGCUCUUUUAUUUUGUUCCUUUGGCAUUUCUCUCCCUGUUCAGCCACCAAGAACCUCGCUUUCUCAUUCCUCUCAUCUUGCCAUUGGUCUUGUUCAGCACGUCACAGAACAGAGCUGUGAAGUGGAAACAUGUCAUUGUUAUUUUCAAUGUUCUUGGGGCUUUUUUGUUUGGGUGCUUACACCAGGGAGGACUGAUUCCAUGUUUGUUUCACCUGGAGCAACUCGUGCAUUCUCCAGAGUCCUCAAACCAUCCAAGACACUAUACUCUACUCUUUGCUCACACCUACAUGCCUCCUAGGUCUCUGCUUAAUAUCAAGAAGAGAGACACAUAUAUAGAAGUCAUUGAUAUGGCUGGAUCUGCAGAAGAAACCCUCUGCCAGACAGUAGAGCAGCAAGCAAACAAUUUUACCUGCAAUGACUGUGAUGUUUUUGUCAUCAUUCCCGGUACGGUCAGAGCCACACUUACAGAAUGUGAUGUUUCAGUCAAGAACGAGACUUUGCUAUUUCCACACUUAUCAAUGGAAGACCCACCACAAAUAUCCUUGCUAUUCAGUGGGAACUGGAGAAGUCAGUUAGGACUAUACAUCCUUCAGCUAGACAGAAAUCACAACAGCCUUUAGGCUUUAGGAGAACGGUGGCUUUGUUUUUCACUUCACCUGGGUGCUGCCCAAAGGUGCUGCAAGACCACCUUCUUCACAGACCCAACUUCAGCACAAGCAGUGGCACUGGGAGCUCCUCUGAGUUUCCUUAUUCCCUCUCUUUAUGACCUUACACUCAUCCAGUAGAGCCAGUUCUGCAGAGAACCUGCUUAAAAUCUGAUGUCUUUAAUACAACCUUUGUCAUUUGCCUGAUGAGAGGAUGAAAUUGGGUCCCAUUUUAGCUCAUCUGUUGUUGAAAGUUCUUAGCCUCUUGAAAUUGUUGUGGAUUUUGUGUUUGCUGAUAGGAGGCAUUAAUGCAGGUGCCUGAGUGAAGUUACAGGACUAGACAAAAGCUCAUCUCACUCAAUGCUUUAUUUUAUGCUCUUAAAAAUACAGAGCCAUCUCUCAGUCAUUAGGCCGGACUGCAGGCACAAUGCAGGCACCAGCACUGUGAUUUUGUGUUGGGUGGCUGUGUCUUGAAAAAUCCCCAGCACUGAUCUGACAGAAUCUGAUUUAGGACACAGAAGAUGCUUCAGCAUAAGUACUUCUGCUAAAUCCUAAAAUCCAAGCUUUGCCUGUUUAGCUUUUAUCACAGCAGCUCCCUUCCUGAGGAUGUGUCACACGUGUAUUACAAGAGGAGCUUGAGAAUGUUGUGUUUUGAGGGCAUUAGACAUAUUUAUCAUUUAGCUCCUCGUUCAAGGAGCUGCACAGACAGCAAGCAGGGAACUCAUAGGGAUCUGAUCCUUUGGUUACAUUUGACCAGAUGGAUCUCUGAACAGCCUCACCAUAGGGUUAGAGAUCUAGGGGAGCAUGUGAGGAUCAGAGGGUGGAGCUGCAUCCCCUGUGCCCCCCUUUUCAGUAACCACUCCCCAGUAAAUCAGCUUAGUGAGAAUGACAGCUUGCAUCCUGGCUCUCUAUUGGAGAGCAGCCUGACCUUAAAGUGUGAUACAAAUUACCCUGACCUUCAGCUAAGAAUGAUGUUUAAGCUCAUAUACAGAACUCACUUGCUCUUGUAUGCUUAUAGCACAACUAACAAUUUUUGGGUUUGCCUGCUUGGACUUCUGGAUUCAAAACAGCUGGAGGUGCUAAUUUGGCACAUGCAUUGUAUGUCAAGCCCCUCUAUACAAUGAAUCCUGGCACUUGAAAUUCUUUUGCUUAGAAAGGCAGUAAUCCUUUUUGCAGUUCUUUCCCCCUCACAACUUUACACGAGGUCUUAUGAGGCAGUUUGUUAACACAGAUAAGAAUGGUGUAAGUUGCUGCCAGGCUCUGAAGGGAGGCUAGGAACAACCUGUUGGAAGGAUCUGCCCUCAUCUUUCAAACUAGGCUCUGGAUUUUUAAGGAACAGAACUCUUGCUCUCUUUUUGUGUUGUCUCUCCUUCAUGUUCAUCUCACAUCCUUCAUCCCUAAUCAUUGACAAGCCUGUAAAUUAAAGGUGCAUGUUGG